UCCCCGUCUGCCUGCAUGCAUGGUGGCUCAGUCCGGUCACCGGGCACCAAUUAGCGGCACUCAGCCAGUCCGUCAGCCGCACCGGAGGAGCGGCACACCGGCCAAGGCUGUGCUGGAGCUACGGGGAGCUCCGCGGAAGUAGUGUUGGCUGUUUGUUUGUUUCGUGUUCACGGAUGUUGGCGAACACCGACUGUACCUCUGACCGGCAUGGAGAGUCAGGGCAGCCGCUGUAAGAUCGUGGUAGUGGGCGACGCGCAUUGUGGCAAGACGGCGCUGCUGCACGUUUUCGCCAAGGACUGCUACCCGGAGACGUACGUGCCCACCGUGUUCGAGAACUACACGGCCAGCUUCGAGAUCGACAAGCACCGCAUUGAGCUGAACAUGUGGGACACGUCCGGUUCUUCCUAUUACGACAACGUGAGGCCGCUGGCGUACCCCGACUCCGACGCCGUCCUCGUCUGCUUUGACAUCAGCCGUCCCGAGACUCUGGACAGCGUCAUUAAAAAGUGGCAGGGGGAGACGCAGGAGUUUUGCCCCAACGCCAAAGUGGUGCUGGUGGGCUGCAAGCUGGACAUGAGGACGGACGUCAACACGCUGAGGGAACUCUCCAAGCAACGCCUCAUCCCCGUCACCCACGAGCAGGGCAGCACCGUUGCCCGGCAGAUGGGGGCGGUGGCCUACGCCGAGUGCACGUCCAAAGUGUCGGAGAACAGCGUGCGGGACGUGUUCCACGUCACCACGCUGGCGUCGGUGCGCCGGCCGCACAAGCCGCCGCUCAAGCGCAGCGCCUCCCGCCGGGGGCUCAAGUGCGUGUCGCAGCUGCCCCUCCCGCCGCUGCCGGGUCGGACUGAGCCCGCGGACCAAGCGCCCGUCCUGAGGAAGGACCGGGCCAAGAGCUGCGUGCUCAUGUAGAAAUGAUACGUGUACAGAAAUAUAUGCCAGAGGACGCCUAUUUAUUGUUUUUGUUGCACUGCAGGAGAUGAAAAAUGAAGUUGCACUGUGGAAAUUUGCUUUGUGUGUGUGUGUGUGUGUGUGUGUGUCAUUUUGUGUUGUGUCAAAAUGAUGGAGAAUCAGGCCUAAAGGAACACAGCACACAUAAGGACGCUGCCGUAGUGGAAGUGUGGCGAGUGAAGAGGACGGGCAUAUUCAAGCAUCCCAGGAGGACGAUGAUGAUGGUUGUGGUGGGGGGGACUGACUGACUACAAGAAUAGGAGCCAUGAGGCGAGUGAGUGGUUUGUUUUUGAGCCGUGCACAUGCGUCGCUACCACAAGUGCAUUCUAUUGAGCAUAUGAACACAUUUGCUUAUGUUUGCAACAUUAAUGUUGUGUUUAAUGUUAUUUUCUGUUACUCCUCUUCGCUCACAAUUGCAAAAUAAAGCGCCGGCUUGACUGCAGAU